AUGGGUGACAUUUAUACGAAAAGACACAAAUACGUGAACAAUGGCGUCGUCAUCUACGAAUGGGAGCAGAGCAUCGACGAGAUUAACAUUUUCAUCAAUAUGAAUUCCAGAGUGGUUAGUAAAAAGGAUUUAGACAUCGACCUUAGGAGUAAGAGAAUUCGAAUUGGGCUGAAAGGAAUGGAGAGUUUUUUGGAGGGGGAACUGUUUGGCCUUAUCGACGAGGGAUGCUCCUACUGGUUCAUUGAGGACAACAAUUUGCACAUACUUUUAACCAAGGUGCGAAAGGCAGAAACAUGGAGUAGCGUUUUUAAGGGGCACAAAUGCAUUAACGCCAUCGAUGAGGAUAACACAAGGAAGAAGAUUCUUUUGGAGCGCUUCCAGAAUGAGUACCCCACGUUUGACUUUUCCUCAGCCGCGUUUAACGGCCAGGUGCCCGACGCGCGCACCUUUAUGGGAGGCGUGAAGUACUAG